AUGAUCAUCGUCUGCUGCCUCGCUGCCACUCUGCCAUUUCCACCUCCGCAAACCCGCUUUUCCAAAGCACCACUUUUUGACACCCCGCUGCCACCAUCUCCCUCUCUUCUUCUUCCACUUCUCGCUCUAGCCCUCGCUCACCAUCACGUUUCGCCAUCAACGUCGUUGCGAUCCAUCGUAUCGCGCUUCGCGUCUGCACACGCUCGGGCCCCUCGUCAUUACCCCGGCUUCAUUUUCGGCCCGCACUCCCGCACGCUCGUGUUACGCGACUCGCCAUCCAGUUUGGCGUCGACUUGGACGCCGAUCGACAUCACUUCUAGAAAGAUGAGGUUCAUGCUGCCAUCGUUGGCGCUUUUGUUCGUACUGGUGGCGGCGGUGGCUGCGCAGUUGCAGGCGGACUCGGUAUCGCAGCCAUUCGAGCGUUCGCUCGACGAUGCGGCGCUGCUUUCGGAGCGGGCACUUCUCGAGGCACGACAGGCAACCAACACGACCGCCUCGUCCACUGCCUCUGCACCCGAGUCCACCGCUUCUGGCUCGGCACCCGCCGGUGGCGAUGCGACCAUCACGGAAUCCACAUGCUCGAUGGUCAACCACCUCGCGGUCAACCAGCAGGCAUCGUGGGGCAACGGCUUCGUCAACACGUGCUGCGGCUUCGCACAGGGCACACAGUGCUGGUACCGUCGUCAGCAGGACGUGUCUCCGCAGGACGAAUGCGAGAUCCCCAGCUGCUCAGAUCUCGAGAGCGAAGACAAGGCAAAGAUGAUCGGAUUCGUCCCACUCAAUUCCACCAACGGCAGCGGCAAGUACGGAAACAUCUUCCUCAGCCUCGGCAUGCUCUCGCCCGGCAUGAUGAAUCUGCCCGCCGUCGGAAUCACCACAAUGGUCGCUGCGUCCGCGCUGCUCUUCACCACCUUCCUUUAG